AUGAUUGAUGAAAAAUUUGAUAGAUCAGAAUCAGGGUUAGCUGGUAGUGGAUCCAGAUACUUGUGUACUUUAUGUGAAGCAACAAGAGAAGAUGCAAUGGCUAAAUUAGGUUCAUUUAAUAUUACUAGAACAUACAAGCAGACAAAACAAAUAGCAGAUUAUAUGAAAAUCAAUCCUGAUAAUUUAAGUCAAGCAAAAUUAGACAAAAUAUCUCUUGGUGUGAAAAAUGCACCAAUUUUGUGUGCAGAUGCCAUAGAAAAGGGAAUAGAUUCUACACAUGCAGAUAUAAAUAUGGCUAGUUUUUUCAAAAAAGUCAUAAUAAGGGAAAUGGCCGGGGUGACUAUGUGGGAGAUGAAAUCAGAUGUUAAGAGUCUUCUUUUUGAAACUGAAAACAAGUUUGAUAGGCAUAUAAGAAUGAAAACUGGAAUCAAUCCUGCCCUAAUGGUGCCAGGAAAUUAUGCCCGGACCCUGUUUGAUAUUAAGAAUGAAGAAGUUGUUUGUGCAUUAAUUGAGCCGUUAGAAGGAAGGCAUUUAAUGUGUGAAGUUUUAAGUAAAUUCAGGCAUCUGAGAACAAUGUAUAGAGCCAAAUCACCUAUGACUGAAUAUGCUGAAGAUGUAAAGUGUUACAAACAAAAUGCUGUUGAAAUGGGACAAUUUCUAAGAAAUCAUUAUCCAUAG